AUGCAAUUCAUUGGAGAGUUCGAGAUGUACUGUAAGGUAAGGCACUCCCUUUGCAUGGACUACGUCGAAGUGCGGAACUCGACAGAUUUCGCGAACACUGGCAUGAGGUACUGUUGCUACGGCACUCCGAGCACGAGCAUUCGUUCGGCGACCACCGAUCUUGUGGUGUUGUUCCGCAGUUUCUACCGUGGCGGUCGUGGCUUCGAGGCUCGCGCCCGGGCCCUACCCGCGAAUGGUCAGUGGGCAUCGUGGACCCCGUGGACCCCCUGCACGGCUAGCUGUGGCGCAUGUGGAUCCCGAAUGCGAACACGUGUCUGCUCGCACGGAGCAUGC